AUGGUUGCUAUAGCUGCAAUCGUUUUUCCAUUUUUGUCAGCCAUAUUUCAAGCUGUCAACUGCAUCAGUUGUCGCAAUCUGACAGAGAAUAGUGUACCGAAGGCAGGGCUAAAAGUUGAAAAUGGAACGCUCACGUUCUUCAACAUGAUUGGCGACAAUGAGCUUCUAUUUCCAGAGUUUAAAUAUUCGCUAGGUCGCUGCCUGCAAGCAAGCGUACAGUGUGGCGAGAAGGAGUUGAACAUAAGCAUCGGUUGUCUGCACGGACGUAUAGCUCAGCUCUACACGCCUAAGAUAUACGCAACUUUAACAUACAUCAACUAUGAGUUUACAACGACAAAGAAUGGGCAGCAAUCAUUUGAGCUUUUUGUAUGCUACAGUAACUUGCGCCAGGGAUGGAUGACCGUGAAUCAGGAGCCGAAGUUUGUGGAUCCGUUCACCAUCGGUUGGUCUCGAUUAACUUUUUACGAAGAGUGUGCUUGUAAUUUUCGGAUUGAGUUUAAAAUUGUGUAUGCUGAUCCUCCAUUUAUUCCGCGUGAUGACAAGAAAAUUAGUCAGAGUGAUUGGAAAGAAAAAUCGUACUGGAUACCAACGGGGGUAGUUGUGAUUGCGCUCAGCAUCUUAGUGCUGUGUGUUGUUUGUUCUUACCUUUAG